AUGUUAAGGCUCUCACAACCACAAGAAGAAGUAAGAAAGUAACUCAAAAUCUCUUUUCUUUGAAGAUUUUUUUGAUUUUCUAAAGGCAAAACUCAGUGAGUCAUCUUCUUCAAUCAUGGGGAAUCUUCAAAGGCUUCAGUACAUAAUUUCCCGAAUCGGUACAUUACGGCUGUGGAGAGGUCAUCUUCUAAUGAUGUUUGGAGGUGGCCAGUGCGGACGUGGGAAUUUUCAGACGCUCUGUGUGGCCUGCCAUAGUCAAAAAACGAAGUCAGACAUGCGGGAACGAAAGAAGCGCACUGAAGAGCGAAAGAAGGCUGAAAAAGCUAAAGAAAAGGCUGCAAGAGAACAAAGGAGGAAACAAAAUAGUACUAUUAAGGUAGAUCAUCUAUCGUUCCCUCAAGUUGUUCAGCAUGCUAAAAAUUAUAGUAUUAAGGGAGUACAACAGGAACAGCCUCAUUCUCAGAAGUCAGUGUCUCAGUCAGUCUCAGUUGUAGGAAACCCAAGCUCAGGGAAUAAAGCAAAAGCUGCAGAAAAGGUAGAGGCAACCAUGAUGAGGCCACCACUUCGCUUUCCUAGAAGUAGAUCAUCCUCCGCACUGGGAGGGAGAGCAGGACCACGUAGAUGUGAAGAGCAAGACAGACAAGUGCAGGAGGGACAGCUAAAAACGGGCAUGUCUUCGACGAGCAACAACUACAGAAGAAAAGACGCGACGAGCAACAAGAACAGCAAUGAGGACGACGGCGUCAGCAAUGGGGACGACGGCGAUUGUCACAAUCACGACGAUGAGGUCGCUGCUAAUACCGCAAGUAGAUCUUCCACAACUGCGGACUCUCUUCUGCCGGUAGUUGUUAAUCUUCAUGCUCGCGUUCCUCCUGCGAGGACCUCUGCUGUGUUGGCGGAAGGUGAUGUAAUCAUACUCACAGACUCGGAUGAAGAGACCUGAAGAAGAUUGAAGCACAAAGAAUGAAGCACAUGGAGGAGCUCCCGAGGACCUCUCCGCAGGCGAGCCCACUCCUAUCCUAGUGCUCCUCAGCGGGUUCUUUGUUCUCGGUCGUGCUUCUACUUCUCUACGGAUGACAAAUUCUACUGGAUCCAACAUGAGGAAGGGACCAAGAUCAUUCACAAGAAUGCUCCUAACUACUGUUCUUAGAAGUGUUCUAGAUGACGACGUCAACUUCAAUGGGCAUCUGCGACGCCCUUUUGGCAGUCUGCACUGCGGUACUUUGAUGUGGGAGAUAUUGCAUUUUCGCAUAAUGCGGAUCAACCACGUAGAAGAAGUUGGAUCAUGGUGCCAGGAUUCUCUAUUCAACACUUGCC